AUGCUGCAGCGACUCCUCCAACUGAUCCACUCCGGAGACGACGAGACUCGAAGGCAGUUCGAAGAUGACGCUCGGAUUCGAAUUCUCUCGCAAAGGCUCGGCAUGGACGUGCCCGAACACGCUGCCACAUCGUCGGAUCCCGACCGACAAGAGUCCUGGGCUUCAACCCAGGCUCGAAGGACAAACCUCGACCAAUUUUGGGAGGACGUGAGCCAGAAGGAACAGUUGACACGGCGACGAGGGGUCCAAUUAGGGGGAGUCCAUGAUGUUGCGGCUAAAGCAGAUCCCUCAAGCGUGUUGACCAGUCCAGCAGGUUCACAUGACGAGCAGUGGAGGCCAAUCCCAUCGGACGCCGCUGUGCAGGGACCUGAAAAAAAUGACCCUAGAGACCAAUUCCGAAUCUUUUGUUUCAGAGACCACGACGUUCCCAGCAUCGAGUCAAUCAGCAUAUUCGGCGACUCCUCAUUCCUGUCAUCCAAAAUCAGGGCCAGUCAGGUUUUGACCCUGCAGCGCCAGCAGACGCUCAACUUUGACAUUCCCGAGUACCUCAUCCAGCCGAUGCUGUUCGAGGGAGAGCGAUGUCCAAUGGCCGCUGUAUAUACUGAUUUCCGCGAUUAUGGACGACGACAACUGGCCGCAGGGUUUCCAACCGAAUUUGUCCUGGGGUCUUCACAGGUCGACCUCGCUCUCUAUUUUCGCGAGCGCAGGCCCGAAGAUCCCCACACACCGGCGACCUGGGCCUGCGAAUAUAUGAGACUGCUGAAAAACUUCGAUAUAUAUGUGGCUCUGGCAUGGAUUUUCACCUAUGCACAUUUCAUGCGCUGGACAAUUGCUCCUUCAGCAGAGACAUACGCAUUGCUCCCCGAGGCAAUGAGGCCAACGCCCCUUCAACGACUAGUCCGCCAUCAUCCCGGUGUGGAUCUGCCAAUUUUCCCUGAAAUGCGCGACGGACUAAUUCCAGAUAUGCGCGACUACAUCGUGGCCAUCCAGACCCUUGGAUGUAGCGUCAAUUGGGAACAUGGGCUGGAUGCAGCGAUCGACACCGAACCCGAGACCGGGACCAUGACUCUGUCAGACCACUUCGCAACGCAUAUCUGUAGUCUCUCGCACUGGUCCAUCAGCCAAAAGUUUGCCGACGUCUUUCCCGAGAUGCAAGGCUAUUACCAAGUGGUCGAACAGGACACGAUACCGGCUUGUGAGGUUGAUGUCGACGAAUUUCUCAGACAAAGGGCGGAAAAGCGCCCUGGAUUCGAGCACGCUGGCGAGGCAUGA